GUCUGAUGGAAAUCUAUGGUUCAAGAUCUCAACGGCGUCUUGUGCACUCCUCUUAUAAUCACUCCUCUUAGCUAGGUAGUCAGUUUGCUAAACCUGCGGAAGAAAUACGUUGACAUCAGACUCUAAAACUUGCAUGACGGAGAUGUGAUCUUACUAUUAUUUUUGUUAUGGGUGGUUUAACCGUCAACUACCAUAAUAUGUCAGUGGCAAGCCAUAGCUAACAUAUUUAGCUGCCUUUAUCUGAGACGCUAGUUAAUAAUAGUAGCUACAGGCAGAAUUUGUGCGUUCUAUUAGAAGUGUACUUUCGGUUUGGCGUCAAAGCCGGGAAACGCGGUGGUCGCAUAUGACAUACCAUGCAAAAAUCUAUAAAACAGUUAGCUAGCACUGAAUGUCACUUUGUUAUGCAUGACUCUUGGUAGGUGGAUUACGUUAGCAAAGGUUGAGGCGUAGAUCCUGGCUAGCUAGCUAACGUUAGAUUAUAUGAAUUAAUUCGGAAUAGCAGGUCGGACACUAUUUGAUGCGGGCUGUUUUUUCUCGUGUUAUGAAUAUCUCAUUUUUUGCUUUUGUAUGGAGUAUGGUUGCUUUCUCAAACUACAUUGACGUUAGCACUGUUAACUGCGGGUCCAUCAUCACAUAGUUACUGCGUUUCUAGUAAUCGCCCGGACAACUGAAGAUCAGCUAAAUUACGAUUUGUACACAAAGGAGCAUUUGUUUCUUCUGGAAUCCGGUUAAUACUACUACUACUGUUUGGACACGUAUGUUGGUAGUACUGUAUUUUUUUUUUGACUGACAGCGUCGGAUGAAUGUCAACGAGUUUUUGUGAUAGCCAAUUGCGGAAGCAGAGGAAAGAAACGUUUAACAGUUCAGACGCACUGACGCUAUCCCAUGCAUAGCCAGGUGUGCAAAUUCGGGAUAAUGAUACUUGAUAUCUAGUUAAUUAUCAAAGAACAGUGUUACGUUGAACACAGUUUUUGAACAGACAAGGCUGCUAUUGUAAAAAAAAAAAAAGCAUUUCGAAAUGGUGGGAUUCGGAGCAAAUCGAAGAGGAGGUCGUCUUCCGUCCAUCGUCCUGAUCGCAUUGAUGGUGGUUAUCCUUAUCAUGUCGUUCAACUACUGGACAGUGUCCAACAAGCAAAGCCGCCUCCUGGACGAGAUGGCGGAGGUGCAGACGCAGGUGAAGCGCACGGAUGCAGCUCGCAGCCGUCUGGAGAAGCGCAACUCGGAGCUGAUGGUGCAGGUGGACACGCAUCGGAAGCAAAUCGAUCAGAAGGAGAGCGCGUUCAACGCGCUGGACAGCAAGCUGCAUUUUUGCGAUACGCAGCUCAAAAAGUGUACGGAUGAUAAGGUGAAGCAACAGAGCGAUGCCUCCUCGCAGUUGUCGGAGAUGCAGAGGCUGAAUGAGCAAAUGAAGGAUCUGCGACAGGAGUUCCUGAAACAGGAGGAGCAGCUGAGGGAGGUGAGGAAGAACAGCACCUACCUGGAGAGGAAACUGGAGUACGAGAGCUUGCAAUGCGGACGUCAGAUCGCCCAGCUCAAGGAGGACUACGACGACGAGAAGAAGAAACUGGAAACGGAGGCAGCCAAGCUGAAACAGAGUCUGCUGGAGAGCCGGGCCGUGGCUGCGGCCGCCGUGAGCCGCGCGGAGAAGGCCGCGGGGGCGGAGAAGACCGCCGAGCGCCACACCGAGUCCUCCAAGCGCCGCGACAGCCCCGAGCAGAAGGUUGCCGUUGCCAAACUCGCCAGUGAUGCAGGCAUGCCUGGCAUCGAGGACAGUGAGGUGGGGAAACCAGACGAAGUACAAUUCGCUCUGAAAAAGCCCGCGAUCACCCAGAAGCAAGCGGGCCACGGGGGAGACGGCGAGGUGAAGGAGGAGCGGGCGGGGGCGGGGGCGGGGGCAGGGGCCGGGCCGGGGCCUGACCUCCAGAAGGACACGAUGCCGUUGCCGGGCGUGCCGUUGCCGGGCGUGGCGCAGUUGGGGGCGAUGAACGGCGCGUUGCAGCAGCGCGUGCAGCAGCCCCCGCCACCCGCCGUGGGCGACCGGCCGGUGCUCUUCGACGAGGACAACAAGGCCGCGGUGCGAGCGGACGAGGUGGGGGAGAACCGGAGGCCCCUCAGGGGAGGGAAAGCAGACGGUUUGGACAUGAAGGGCGUGGUCCUGCCACCGCCCCCCAACCCGGCCCAGGUCCUGCCCAAUCCUAUGGAGCAGCAGCGCGCCCGAGACGCCCCGCCCGCUCAGCUGCCCCGCCACCGGCAGAGCCGGUUCUUUGACGAGAACGAGUCCCCCGUAGAUCCGCAGCACGGCUCUAAGCUGGCGGACUACAAUGGGGACGACGGGAACGUGGGUGAGUACGAGGCGGACAAGCAGGCCGAGCUGGCCUACAAUGAGGAAGAAGAUGGUGAUGGUGGGGAAGAAGACGUCCAAGAUGAUGAAGACCGUGAACUUCAGGGAGAUCGUCCUGUGGACUACGGAAAGCGACACCAAGCCAUCGACAUCCUGUGAACUGCAGAAACAUCAACAAAUUUCUCACAGCACUACAAGGUUCACAAAUAAUCGGAACAGAAGGACCAAUUUGUGAAAGAAAUUGGUUUUUUUGGGGCCUUCUGGACCAUCUGGGCUUUGGACGCCAUCCAGCUGACUUUAAAACUUUUUAUUUGCAAGUGGUCAGUAGAAUAAUUUUGAAGUACUCCGUGGGUGGUUCUAAGGAAAGAGGGUUAUAAGGGUUAGAUUAAGAUUCCACGCAAUAGCUGUGCGGACCCAUUUAUGUCCUAGUUUCUAGGGAGAUGAAGUAUAUCUCAGUGCAUCUGUCUGCCACAGCUCAAGUGAUGUCUGCAAUUGUGUGAGGAUAAAUUAUUUCCAAUAAAUUUUUUUCAAAAAUAGAGUUAGAAUUUCAUCAAUUAAUUAAUCAAUUUUUUUUUAAUAAAUUAAAAUUUGACUGUAAUCAAUUGAAAAAUGAAGUCUAUGUAACAUAAAAAGCAAUUGUAUAUUGGUUUGUUUUUUUCUUUUUUAUGGAUUCUUUUUGCAGUUCUGGUUGUUUUGUAAAACAAUGGUUAAAUAAAAAGAAAAAACAGCAGCCAGUGUAGGUUUGGGAGGAGAGGUUAUGGACCUAUGAGCCCCACUGUCCCAUUGGAGACCGAGCACCACUGUUAUCCUGGGCCUGGACUCUUCUGGAUACUGACCCAGAUGGGCUGACUUCAUCAGUGAUUGAUGGGAACAAUUUUCCUGGAAUAUCAUACUUUUUCUAACCUGGGGUCUUCCUGCUUUUUCUGUCCAUUCUUUCUAGCCAUUUGAUAAAUUAUUUUUUUCCCUUUGCAAGCGAAUUAUGGUUGUCCGUCUCUAUCUCUUUCCCUGUGUCUGUCUGUCUGUCUGUCUGUCUCUGCAGUUACAAAGCAGAGGACAUACCUGCCUGUGAACAGCUAAAGCCAAGGACUUUCCUCUCUGCCCUUUAAACCCUUUUUUUUUCUGUCAGUUCGUGAUUACGGGAGUAAAUAGACGCGUCGGACAUCUCCUCUCAGAAGGACGCUGCUGCUGCAUGCGUUAAAUAGCAAAUUUGAUUGCAAACCUCAAGGCAACUGUUGAGGUGAAGUCUGUGUAUGGAAGAAAAACUCUGGUCAUCUGGGCAUCUGUUCUCUGAUGAACAACUUUAAAGGCAUUCAGUAACGUACCUAGAUGAGAAACUUUCCAUCUGUUGAGCUUCAGGAACUUCACUGUUCUUCCCAUUGUCUUGGAUAAUGGAUAAUGUGUCCUAAAAUGGCUGUGGUUUCAGUUUUCCAUGUUUCAAUGUUUUAGGAAAAAGUGUACAGAAGGUUGAUGGUUGGCAUAUUGAAUGUACCCUGGUAUUAUUUGAUACCCUGGUAUUAACUUUUUCAAAGAUGUAAAAUAAUGUUGGGGAAAGGUAUUUUGGGUGACCAAGACAGCUGUGAAAAUGCUAUAAAUUCUGGCAUACUAUCAAAUUUAGUCAAAGGACUACAGUCUUGCCUAUGGAUUAAAAACCUGCUACAGUUUAGAGGACGGUUCAUUGCCCUCCACAGUACAGAAAGGACAGUGUGAAGUCUGCAAAUAUGUCAGCAGCACUAUUUCAGUAGACAUCAGCUGUCCAGACCUGAACAAUUUAUGCAUACACCAAUAAUAUUUUUGUCACAAUGAUUGUUCCUCAUAAUCAUAAAAUAAAUGAGAAUUAUCUCUAUAUGGCCUGAAUGCAAUGUAAUCGUAAUUUAUUAAAGGAAGGAAUUUGGUG